AAAUUAAUUAUCGGUAUCUCGGCCAUUUGUCGAUCUUCCUUCUCAUGUACAAAAUAAAUGCAUCAUUACGGUGCCAAACACCGGUAAUCAUAACGUGGAGGUAGAAGAAUUCCCGCCUACUUUCUUCCCCGGCGCCUCAGCGUCAUUGCUGACGAAGUGUCAUGCGGCGAAGAACGCUGCAAUGCCCCGGAUUUCCCCCGGGGAGCAUCAUCACGGCACUCCAAUCCCAAUCCCUUCUCUUUUUCCGCACUAAGGCCCACCGCUACAAGCUCAGGCAACAAGACGACGACGACGACGACGAAGAAGAACGUGACAAGCCGAAGCCAGCGGAAGGAGACGCAUGGGGCCGCCCGUUCCAUCUCCACAAGGGUCGGGGGCAGCACAUCCUCACCAACCCCCGCGUCCUCGAUUCCAUCGUCCGCCGCGCCAGCGUCCGCCCCACCGACACCGUCCUCGAGAUCGGCCCGGGCAGCGGAAACCUCACCGUCCGGCUCCUUGAGGCCGCCCGUCGGGUGGUGUCCUUCGAGAUUGACGAUCGGAUGGUCGACGCCCUCCACAGCCGCGUGUCCCAGCUAGGUCUUCAGGACCGUCUAACCGUCAUCAUGGGCGACGCGCUGCAGACGGAAUUCCCGCCAUUCGAUCUCUGUGUUGCCAACAUUCCUUAUGGGAUAUCUUCUCCCCUCAUUGCAAAACUCCUCUUUGAGUUGGGUAGGCCGUGCGGGUUUCGGAGCGCCACGCUGCUACUCCAAAAGGAGUUUGCUCGGCGCCUUUUGGCCAGCCCGGGUGACUCGGAAUUCAACCGCCUGGCUGCGAACGUGAGGCUGGUGGCCACAGUCGAGCUCCUUAUGGACGUUAGCAAGAAGGAUUUUGUUCCUUGCCCGAAAGUUGACUCCUCUCUUGUUAGAAUCCGACCAAGAUCUGAUGUCCCUGCGGUCGAUUUGGAUGAGUGGUUGGCUUUUACUAGGACUUGUUUCAGCAAGAAGAACAAGACGCUUGGUGCCAUCUUUAAGCAGAAGAAGAAGAUUGUGGAGCUUUUCGAGAGGUCUCGAUUAGAAGGCAAAGCUUGCAAAGUCUUGGAGGAAGAGGAGGAAGAAGAUGGAGUUGAUGAUGAUGAUGAUGAUGAUCAACUGGGGACUAGGGUUGGUGAAAAGGAAGCAGUGAAUGCUUUGGAAUUGAAUGUGCUCAAAGAGAAAGUUGUUGGGAUACUGAAGGCAGGAGGAUUUGAGGACAAGAGGCCUUCCAAGCUAUCCACCAAAGAAUUGUUGCAUUUGCUUCAGCUUUUCAAUCAAGAGGGCGUGCUGUUUCAUUGAUAGGGGCUGAACUGCAUUGCUGUGGCUGAAACACUGAGGUGUUGAACGAUACAUGAAUUAGUUGGUUAGGUGUUGAAUCCGGAGGUCUCAAUUCCUCCUUUAGCGAAGGUUUCCGUUCCACUGCUUGUAUACCAAGACGAAAGAGUGCAAGAGAAGGCUUUCCUCAAGACAUCAUGCCUUCUCUUUGGAACAAUUUCGUGGUGCUGAAAACAUAUUCAACCCUCCGGCAAGCCUCCAAUAUUUUUUUUCAUACUCCACCAGUCCUCUACCAAUGCUUCUGGCCUCCUUUUCCUUUGGGCAGCAAGCUAUCUUUAAUACCGCAUAUUUAAGUUUGGUGUGCCUGGUUCAUCAAUGCUUCAUCUUAUGUUCAGAAAAUUGUUGAACAUCUUACACCGUGCCAAAUGGAGCAGAUGCAAAAGGAAAAGGACGUGAAUCUUCUGUGAGUUAUGCCAAUGAAAACCUAGGUAAUCAAGGUUUUCAAGUGUGCUAAAAUAACGAGUACUCUGUCUUCUUUGCAGCCAAGGCCUUUGAACAAGGGAUGGCACGGAAGGAAAUUCUAGCUGAAGAUAUUUUUGUUAUAUAUUUUCCACGCAUUCUGGCAAAAUAAAGCAGAUACAUUUUCUCGUUGAAGGUGCAUGGGGUUGCACUUAUUAUCUCAUAUCUUGUUGUCUCAGAAGCAACUAUUCAACAAAUUACACAUCAUCUGCAUUAUAAGAUUUAAAUAUUUUCAAGGCAUUGAACUCUCAUUUGUGUUGUUUCACAGUGUAUGAUCCAUUGAAAAUAAGUUAUGUUACUAAUGUUAUCAUGAUCCAUCAGACAGCUUCUCUAUAAUCUCUCAGAUAGCCAGAGCUUUUUCAGAUUCUUGUAGUGUUCCUGAACAACCAUUAAGCUUUGCAUCCAUUGAGGACACAGUUAGUGUAGCUUGAGCAAAUGGACUACAAACUACUCCAUAAGCAAGAUCACCUUGUAGACCCAAAACCCUUUAAUACUAAAAACUGUGUAUCAUUACACCUAACAAACAAUCCUAAUGAGAGGUAUGGCCACACUUUAAUAGGUCGUGAAAGCUUAUUUGAGUUUGUCUAAUCGUCAAACAGCGUCGGUUUAAUGUACAAAGUACUACAAGUUCGAGUAAAGGGGCUAAUAAAA